AUGCAAUCCCUACUGCUUCAGUCUGUGGUUCCUUUGCUUUUGAUCACUUACUUUCUUUCAAUCAACGUUGAGUUGAGUCUAAGCCAGGAUGAUCUACAAUAUGCAAACUGCAGCGAAGCUAUUAACUGCGGUGGCAUCGGAGACAUCUCAUACCCCUUUUGGGGAGUAAACCGGGCUAAUUACUUUAAUCUAUUUUAUCGCCUUUACAUUUUUGUCAUUUCUUUUCUUGCUUUUACAUUUCAAAAUUCUAAAAAUAGUCCUACAAAGCUCAAUCAUCCUUUACCCCGAAGAAGUGAAAGAACCUAG